CUACAUGUGACGUUAUCGGGUCCUCUACUCCGCAUGCGGGACACUUUCAGACAUCUCUUCGCUUUGGAGACAUCUGCUGGACCGCGGGUGGACGCAAGCUGACGUCGCCGCCCGCUGUGACGUGUGUUCCUGUGACGCGCAGAAAUUUUAAACUCUUGUCCUUCUCAGUGAUGGCGGCUUCGUUUCGCUCUCUCCCCGCAAGCAGUAACAACAAAUGGUACUUCAUCAGGCAGCAGAUCGACAACAGCCCAUCUCGGCGAGCUGGACUUGAUCCCGACAAGGAGCUCUCGUACAGACAACAGGCGGCGAACCUGCUGCAGGACAUGGGACAACGUCUCAAUGUCUCUCAACUUACAAUUAAUACAGCCAUUGUGUAUAUGCAUCGCUUCUACAUGAUCCAGUCAUUCACCAGAUUUCACAGAAAUGUCAUCGCACCCGCCGCUCUGUUCCUGGCAGCAAAGGUAGAGGAGCAGCCCCGAAAGCUGGAGCAUGUCAUCAAGGUGGCCCAUGCCUGCCUCAAUCCUCAGGAGCCUUCACCAGAUGUUCGCAGUGAUGCCUACCUGCAACAAGCCCAAGACCUGGUCAUUCUUGAGAGCAUAAUUCUCCAGACCUUGGCUUUUGAAAUCACCAUCGAUCAUCCUCAUACUCAUGUUGUCAAAUGCACUCAGCUUGUCAGGGCGAGUAAAGAUCUGGCCCAAACUUCAUACUUUAUGGCCACCAACAGCCUGCACUUGACUACGUUCUGCCUGCAGUAUAGUCCGCCUGUUGUGGCCUGUGUGUGCAUCCACCUUGCCUGCAAAUGGUCCAACUGGGAGAUCCCCGUGUCUACAGAUGGCAAACACUGGUGGGAGUAUGUCGACCCCACAGUUACUCUUGAGCUGCUGGACGAGCUUACACACGAGUUCCUGCAGAUCCUGGAGAAAACGCCCAGCCGACUGAAGCGAAUUCGCAACUGGAAGGCUGGAGGCCAGACACCAAAAGUCAAGCCAAAGGUCCAGGAGGAGGGUGACCAGAGGGACGCCAUGAUCAGCAUGAUUUCCAUGGCCUCGUCAGAGAGUACCGUGGCAGGCCUGAUGAGCCUUUCUGCUCCACCUUCUGCCUCCUCUUCAUCUGUGGGCGACAAGGACAGAAGUGCUUCUGGCAGCGCUCUGACUUGGAGUGGAAAAGGUCAAGCUGGAUCCGAGCAGCAACCACAGCAGCAGCCUAACCAUGAGGUCCACGCCCCUGCUAAGGUAUCGCUGAGUGAGUACCGUGCCAAGAAUGCUGACGUCCUGGCUGCCCAAAAGAGGAAGCUGGAGAACAUGGAGGCCAGUGUCAAGAGAGAUUAUGCCAAUGCUGCCCAGGCUCUCAUUGGCCAGCAGCAGAGGAAAGAGAAGCAGCAGCAGCAGCACCACCAUCAUCCGCCCAGCUCUUCUGAUAUAGCCAACCCUUCACCCAUCAUUCUUAAAAUCCCACUGGAGAAGGAGAGGCAUGACAAGAGUUCUCUAAAAAUGCGUUUCCCACUCGCUGGAGGAUCAGCAGGAAGCAGCGGACACAGCAGCAGUGCUCGAGGCCAGGAUCCUGACAUCAAAGUCAAAAUCCGAGUGCCUGAGAAGCAGAGGGGGAGUUCAGGAGAGGAUGGCAAGAGCAGGGACAAGCACAGGGAGCGGUCUAACCACCACUACCAUCAUCAUCACCAUCACCACCAUUCCUCUUCCAGUAGUGCCUCACUUUCCUCUUCACACAAACAUUCAUCUAGUUCCAGCGGGGCGCUGGGAAGCAGCAAAAAAGUACCAAGUGACUCCUCUAGAACAAGCUCAUCAUCUUCAUCCUCAUCCUCAUCUGCCUCACGCAAGAGGACACACUCCCAGGAUCCCUCAGCAGGAUCUCACCCACCCUCCAAAGUGGGUAAGUCUGCUAGGAAUCCUUACCAGUUAUCUUCCUCCUCUGGACAAACUUUGGGUCACGGUUCUGACAUUCUCCCCUCGCUGGGCCUCCCCCACCACCAAGGAACCUUUUCGCAUUCCAAAAGCGACAAAACUGACACUAAUGGACACAGUGCAGCUGGCGGAGCCCAGUCCAACGAGUACCAGGACACUUUUGAGAUGCUAAACUCACUGCUGAGUGCACAGGGUGUGCAGCCGUCCCAGCAGUCUAUGUUUGACUACAGAUCCCAGUAUGGUGAUUAUCGGUACUCCAGCAGCUCUAGAGGAAACAACCCCAGGCCCCCACCCCUGCCCACAGAGCCACCUCCCCCACUGCCACCUUUGCCCAAAUAAGUUUCUGAUCAGGAGACCACAUUAUGUACAUUUUACUUGACAUCUUGAACAUCCAUCUUGUUACAUAAAGUGUUGUAUGAUAUUUUCCAGCCGCCCAACAUUUUUAUAGUUUUCAGUGUGACAGCAGAGAAAUGUACUAGGGAAACAAAUGGGUUUUAUGGUGCACUCAUGGGGCAAUAAUUACAAAGAAUGAAAUAAAAAGAAUUACAGGAAAGUGUAGAUAUUUUUUUUUUUGCUCAAUUCAAAUGAUAUGUGGUGAGAAGACCUGAUUUAGAGUAUGUCAGUGUGUGUGUUCUCCAUCACAUACCUGGUAGGUGUUCUUACUGAUUUUUUUAUAAUGUUUUUUAUAGGGUGUUAUUUAUUAAUUGAAUGAUUUUAAAAAAACAUAAAAAGGUCCCCUUUUCUACCUUUUUUAGGGUUAAACCUCUGUUCUUUUGGAGCAGAUGGCCAUUUCUUUAAGACUGUACAGCCUAGUUAGAGAGUGCAUGUCUCCAAAGCCAUCUUUUCAAUAUAUUUUUUACUUUUAAUAUUUUUUCCCUUUUUUUUUUUUUUUUUUUUUUUAAGUAGCCAUAAAAAUGGCUUCAUCCCUUGUGUAUAUCUGUUAUAUUUGCUGUGUUUGGUGAUUUUAAGAAAAUGUUUAAAAAAAUGUUUAAAACAAACAUUGGAACAUUAUAUUUGCAAAUUUGCAA